CCAGGCACCAUAGUAACUCCAUAAGAUUAUGUCAGGGAAGCAGAACAAGACAGAGACGUCUUUUACAUGACUAGCACCAGUCAGCCAUGGGGAAGUUAAAGUCGUUUGUCGUCACUUUCGACAACAACAAGGACGUGUACCAGGCAGGGGAGAUCGUCAGCGGGAAGCUGAUCGCAGACGUUACCGAAGGAAUAAAAGCCAGAGGUUGUAAUGAAUAUAAGAUGCCUUCAGGAAAUCAGAACUCCAAGACUCUGUGCUGCCUGUGCUGCGCAUCGGGACCGAUCGAACUGCAGGCACAGACAGACAGGGGUGGGUACUGUCCCGGGGAGAGGAUUGUUGUAAAGGGGUCAGUGGAAAACAACAGCAACACCAGGAUCACCAAGACAACGGCAAAGAUUGUACAGACGGUGACGUUCUAUGCUACCAGAAAGUCCAGGUCCUCCCACAGCACUCUGAGUAAGACUGUAGGACUUGGCUGUAGGGCUCGUCUGUCCGAGAACAUCGCAGAACUGGUUCUUCCAAUACCCGUCGUUCCCCCCUCUGAGCUGAGAUAUUGUAACAUCAUUGACAUCAAAUAUGUGGUUCUGGUUACUGCACACAUUGAAGGAGCCCACCUGAACCUUAAAGUUGAACUCCCCUUUACAAUUGGCUCCGUGCCACUGACGACACAAUAUGGUGGUCCCCAGCCGGCGUAUAACAGUACAACAAUACCAGGAGUGCCGGACUACCUGGGAGCAACAGCACCACCUCUACCUCCUCCGCCCACAUACGCAGAGGUGACAGGGGGUGGUGUCAACAUUCGGGACAGCAACGACAGCGAGUACACCAUGGGACAACUCACCUACGCUCCAAAGUACAUGUACUAUGACUGGAGCCAACACCCUCAGCCGUAAUACAGUAGGAUUCUUUAUUGACACAACAAAAAUGUACAGAUUUUGCUUUGUUACUAAUAGAAUUAUACAAUUUUUGUAUAUAUAUAUCUUGAAGGCGGGAUCGUAAUUGAUUGGUUAUCGUAUCCACUUGGUAUGAUCCGGGGUUCGUCCAGAAUUGUCCAAGACCAUUGUAAUUCAGAAUGUCGUUUACGUGGUUAAGCCAAUCGUGUUUACCAGAAUAUAAAACAUUGUAUGCUUCACGAAGUAAGCUGUCUUCGGGCAAGUUUACAAAACGAUGCCAGUAUUUUAUUAAUUGUAUUUCAGUAUCUAUUAUUAUUGGAAAGGUUUCUAGUUCUCCGCGAACACCAUCAUUUGAUGCUUUUGUAUUAACUCUAAGUAAAAAUUUUUGAAAGUUCAUAUCGAUGGCAUCAAAUUCUGGAAUAUAUUGAGAAAGAUGUAUAUCUUCAAUUGAAAAGUUGUCGUUAUAUAUAGUAUUCAGGACCUGUAAUUUUGUACACGUACGUAUAUGCUGUGUGCCCUCCCUGUUGCUAGACACCACCUCAGCAUUACGUAUGCACCUAAAGAUAAUGAUGCUAUCACUAGCCUGGGGCUAUUUCUUUGUUGCACAACUUGUCCGGUCGGUUUGUGGGGAACCCUGGCGGAUCUUAAGAAACUUGCAGCCAACACUUCGCCAAUGACUUACUUUA